AUGGCUAUCGCUCAUUUUCCAGCGCCCAAGAGACGCAACAUCUUUUAUCAGGUAGACUGGAAGCCUGAUAUCAGCGCUCUGGGCCGUCGACAAAUAGAACAAUAUUGCUCGCAGCAAGAACCCUCCAGCGAUGCAGCUUCAUUGGGAGGGCUGGCCUCCCUGCUCGAUAUCAUGGCCCACAAGAAUUCGAGCAUGCAGAUCCUCGAGAUAGGGGCCGGUACGGGAAGCAGCACCAGCUCUAUUCUUUCCAUCCUCAACAAACAAGGCAAGACAGAAGGAAACGCUCCACGAUAUGCCAAAUAUGUGUUCACCGACCACUCACCACGAUUCUUCGAGCACGCCAGGACGCGUUUUGCUAGAGAUGCCGAGCGAGUCUCAUUCCAAAUGCUCAACCUUCACCACAGCCCACUCGACCAGGGAUUCCAAGCCGGAGCAUUCGAUCUCGUCAUCGCGGUUGACUUCUUCCGCGGCGAGGAGAGCUCUCCCAGUGAAGCUCUCAAGAAUGCGCGUGUUCUCCUGAAGCCUGAUGGAUACCUUGUUCUGUUGGAAACCACUAAGCAAGAAGAGCCCUUGCUGAGCGGAAUCUGGAACACUAUCCGCGGGUGGUGGGCACCAAAGGAGAUCAAAGUCCCCGCGCGCUCCGCGAACGAAUGGGAGAGAAGUCUGAAGGAAGCUGGGUUCGCGGGACUAGACGCCGCGAUCUCCCCCUUCGGCGGAUUUGAAGAGGACCGCAACUGCCUUGUUGCACGCCAGCCCGGCGCUGGGAAGCUGCCCCAAAUGCCAGAAACGCUUUCGUUUGUGGUGAAAACUGAAGACCAGAAGAAACUUACGCGGGCGCUCUCGGCUCACCUCAAGUCCAAGGGACUGCCCUCAGGCAAAAUGAUCACACUGGAUUCGCUGAUCAGGCAGGAUACCGAGUUCCAGGCUGAUGCCUGCAUUUCGUUGCUGGAGUAUGGGACUCCGUUUAUCACCAACAUGGAUCACGAAAGCUAUCAAGUCCUGAAGAGAAUCGUUCUUGCUUUCCAAAAGUUAUAUUGGGUGACUUCUGGAGCGAGCGAAAUCCCAUCGGUGCCAGAGAACGCUAUGAGCUAUGGCUUCAGCCGAGCCAUGAUUCUAGAGAAUCCCGGCCACUUCGUGUGCAGCAUCAAUGUCGAAGGCACCGACUAUGAUAACAUCAGCAAGAAUCUGACCACGAUCCUCCAGAACUCGUAUGGCGUGUCUGCUCUGGCCGACUGGGAGUUUGACUAUGAUGUAGCCAAGGGCUUCGUGGAGGUUCCCCGAGUGACAGAAGCCAACCAUGUUAACCGUUACGUCUACUCGCAGACCGGUGGCUUCACCCGGGACACUCCGAACGCUCAAGGCAUCGUCCCCAGGAAUAACACCCAGAACGCCCAGUAUUCCUUUGACUCGAACGCCAGCUACGUAAUCGCUGGUGGCCUCGGGGGUGCAGGAAGAAGUCUUGCUCGAUACCUCGCCACUCGCGGUGCUAAGCACCUCAUCCUACUGUCUCGUUCGGGUGCAGCUACAGACGACGCAAAGAGGCUUGUGGAGGAGCUCACAUUAAGUGGCGUUAAUGUCGCCACCCCCAAAUGUGAUAUCAGCAAGAGAGAGGUGUUGGAAGGAGUCAUUGCCGAAUGCUCGAAAACCAUGCCCCCGAUCAAGGGUGCCGUCCAGGGCACCAUGGUUCUCUCGAGUGGCCCUUUCCAAAAUCUGACUUUCGAUGCCUGCCAGACCGUCCUCCAACCCAAGAUUGCCGGCACCUGGAAUCUUCACCACGUCCUGCCCAAGAACAUGGACUUCUAUAUUAUCCUCGCCACGCUGGGAGGCACCACUGGGACAAUAAAUCAAGCCGUGUACAGCGGCACCGCGACCUUCCAAGACGCGUUCGCGCGCCACCUCUGGGCGCAGGGCCAGAAGUGCAUUUCCAUUGAUAUCGGCAUCCUGAACUCCGUCGGCUACGUGGCCGAGCGCCCCGAGCAAGUCGCGCGGUUCAAGGAAUUCGGGCACGUUUUGCUCGAGGAGACUGAGCUCCAGAGUGUGGUGGACUGGGCGUGUAACCCGGCGCUGAAGCUCGAGACUCCGUGGGAGACGCAGGUGCUGACUGGUAUCGACCGUCCUGGUGCGAUGCGCAAGCGGGGGAAGAAGCCUGCGACCUACAUGGGGAUGCCGCAUUUCCGUCAUCUGCGGGAGGAUGAGAGGGAAAUUGUUUAG